GAGCGCUCACGGCCUUUGCUUCCAUAUCGGCGAGACGGAGAAGCGCUGCUUCGUCGAGGAAAUCCCGGAUGAGACCACGGUUAUCGGGAACUACCGGACGCAGCUGUGGGACAAGCAGUCGGAGUCCUUCCUGCCCUCCACCCCGGGGCUGGGCAUGCACGUCGAGGUGAAGGAUCCCGACGGCAAGGUGGUGCUGUCCAGGCGGUACGGCUCGGAGGGUCGCUUCACCUUCACCUCCCACACGCCGGGGGAGCACCGGAUCUGCCUGCACUCCAGCUCCACCCGCGUGGCUCUCUUCGCCGGGGGCAAGCUGAGGGUGCAGCUGGACAUCCAGGUGGGGGAGCACACCAACAACUGCCCCGAGAUCGCCGCCGAGGACAAGCUGACCGAGCUGCAGCUCCGCGCCCGCCGGCUCCUCGACCAGGUCGAGCAGAGCCAGGACCAGAACUAGCAGAGGUACCGGGAGGAGCGUUUCCGCAUGGCCAGCGAGAGCACCAACCAGAGGGUGCUCUGGUGGUCCAUUGCCCAGACUGGCAUCCUCCUCCUCACUGGCAUCUGGCAGAUGAGGCACCUCAAGAGCUUCUUCGAAGCCAAGAAGCUGGUGUAGCCCCUUCUGGUGUUCUCCCCCCCACCUACUACC